AGAAUGUGGACCUGUUCAGUAAGAAAAUGGUGCUUGUCCCUAUCAACGAGGCCUUGCACUGGAGCCUGGCCGUUCUCUGCAAUCUUGAUCGGGUUCAAUCUCUUGUGGAUCCCGCGACCGAGCCAUUAACAGCUGAUGACGAGGGGAAAGCUCCGAUCGAGACGCCUGUGCACAAAAAAUCGAAACGCAAGCGCCUUCGCAAGUCGGCCACGAUGGAAGGGGAGAACGCGUCGUGGUUGAAGGAGAAACAUUUGGAUAGGUGGGGGGAAGGAGAGGGAGGUGAUCGCGUUGUGGACGUGGGAGUGCAAGAGAGUCAGGAGCCAGGGGAUCCGCCAGUGGUCGUAAGUCUUGGCCGAAAAAAGAAAAAGUGGCUGUCGACAAGGCCACAGUCAGCCGCUGACUCAGGAUCUGGGCUCUUAGUGGAGGCGAGAGCGGCGGGAGGGCGACAGGGGGAACACGUCGUGGGGAGGGAGAGCAAAGACCAGACAAAACAUGGUGCGAUGGAUGUUGGUGAGCCUUGGAGUGGGGAUUCCUCUCAAAGCAAGGAGGAGAAGGAGGGCGAUCGGUGCCCUCAGGAAGAAGGGGAUAGCCUGGACUUGACCAUAGGCGACGUGCUGGCCGCGGAUGAACUCGGGGUGGGGAGUAUGGAAUCGUCGCAUGAAAUGGAGGAGAAGCCGGAGACAGGAGGAAAGAGUGCGAGAUGGGAAGGAAGAAGGGGCAGUGGCGAGGAACAGGGUUUGGACAGGGGACGUGAUGGAAAAACCGACGUGGAAGAUGGCAGAAAAGAUGUUGUGGACGUGGGAAGCAGGCCUUGCCUGGUGUUCAUGGACUCGUUGAGCGCGCACCGGGCGGAUAAAAUCCACACGGCGCUCUUGAACUACCUGAAGGUGGAAUGGAAGCGUCGAAAAGCACCAGGCGAUGGACCUUCGCCUUUCUUGAGCAAGGAGACUUUCCCAGUCAUCAAACCACGGGUGCCAACACAGGACAACAGCUGUGACUGCGGCGUGUUCAUUUUGAAGUACGGCGAGAUGAUGCUCGCAGACGUCCUUCCUACCCUAGCGCGUUGGACCAAGCGAGCUCUGGCAUGUCGAUUGCGGGAUUUUAUCAGGGCGGACGUCUUCAGUCAAGAGGACGUUGACGGCCUGCGAAAAACGUUGCAAGCACGCUUUCAAGAAUUGGAGGUGAAGUAUGGGGAGCAAGGAGAAAAGGGAG